CAGUAUCAUAACAACGCUGCACGAUUGGAGCGCGUUUUCUUAGCUUUUUAUAAAUAGUUUUGUAAAUAGAUUUUUAUCAGAGUUUUUAAAAUGUUCAAAAUCAUAGUGUGCCUUAUGUUACUAUAUGGACUUUUUGUGCAACAAGGAGAUACAUGGUUAUACUGCUAUCGCUGUAAUAGCAAUCAACCAGGCUGUGGUACACCCUUCAACUGGUUAUGGUAUUGGGGAGAAACUUGUCCAGAGUUCGAUGACAAAUGCGUAAAGAUUAUUGAAAGAAAAGGAGCUGAAACAAUUAUUACUCGAGAGUGUUUGAGUGCUGUGAGAGGAUUCAGAACUGACAUUCCAGCAGAUAAAUAUGAAGGGUGCAGACCAGCCGCCAAGGAUGUUAGAUUAGGGCAUUAUGUGAACAAUUCAAUUAUACAAUUAGAUAUACAUAGAGAUUACUAUGAUGAGACAACAUGGUGUUUCUGCUAUUUUGAUCAUAGGUGUAACAGUGCCUCAAGUACAACAAUGUCUAUUCUCUUGAUAGUUAGCAUUUUUACCUUUAGGUUAUUUGCCUAAUAUACAAAAAAAGAAU